ACUCAGCUAAGAACAAGAACAAGUGAACAACAAACAAAGGAAAACCGCUUCCUCCCGUGCUGUCGUCGUAGGGGUUGCUUCCGCUCUGUCGUUCUUCCGUCGCUGCCUCUGUUCUAGGUAUUCCGAUAUAACAAGCACAACAGUGACACGUUUUUCACCUGAUAACCAACUUAGUACCCGUCCCCUGACCCCUGGACCUGGAGGCUGGAGCUCUGGAAGCCUCUCUUCCUCACCUCAUCACACCAACAAUCUCGAGUCUCAACUUCUCGAGUCUCUUCCUCCCCUCAUCACACCAACACUCUCUUCCUCGCAGUCUCUCUCAGUCUCGAAGACUCUCUUCCUCUGCUUCGUCUCGCCGGCUUCACAGUGUGUCCGAGUACGUCGGGUUCGUGGCUUCGCGUCUCUCGUCAUCGUCGUCGCGUCUCCUGCGUCGCUGCUGCGGUGCUACCUCUCCGUCGCUGCUGCGGUGCUGUCUCUCCGUCGCCGGAAUCUGCCUCAUCCAGGAGAAAUUCUUGAAGCAAUAGGUUACACAUCAUGGUUAAUGCCAUUAAAGGAGUUUUCAUUUCCUGUGACAUACCUAUGGCUCAAUAUAUCAUCAAUAUGAAUGCUUCACUUCCUGCAUCUGACAAAUUCAUCAUACAUAUUUUGGAUAGUACCCACAUGUUUGUUCAACCCCAGGUGGAACUAAUGAUAAGAAGUCAAAUUGCCAAGUUUAGAGAGGACAAUACAUAUGUCAAGCCCAAUUGAUUCCAAAAGGGCUUCUAUGUCAUCAUCGUAUCAUGUUAUACCUGCAUUGAACUACAAUGAACAUGUUUACACUUUUUUUUUUUAAUUGAAUCUGUUAUGGCCCUUUCUUGUAACCAAACUUCUUCACGGAGAAAUAUGAUAUAUUGUUGUUAAUAUUGAAUUUGUGUGCUUUUACACACCAAAGGAACCAUGCACUUUAGAGGUUCCAUCUUCUAUA